AUGAGUUUGCCAUUCAAUGGACAAUUUGGAUCAGAUGAUGAUGUUGAUGUUGCUCCUCCACCACAGAAAGAUAUUAGUGAAUAUCCAUUGAGUGAACGCUUUUCAAAGAUGUUCAUUGAAGCCAGGUGUACAGAUAACAUUUUGUUCGCAACAGCUAUGCUGUUUGGAUUCAUUGUUAUUCUAUCACAAUCAUUACCAAUCAUAUUAAAUGACUGGGUACUACUAACUGAACCACGGGAGAUCAAUCGAACUAGUGAAAAUGGAGAUAUAAUGGAAACAACAUUUCACUACCAUACUGGUUACUUUCAAUUAUGUCGUUUUGUAGUUUUCAAUUUCACUGGAACAACCUAUACAAGCGAAGAGUUGUCUGAUGAAGAUCGUCGUCAUCAAUGCCAUUUAAAUCCUUUGAUCACUCAAAAAGAUUUGGGUGACUUCUCUGUAGCAUCAUUAGCUAUAAUUGUACGUCUUGGAAUUCCCGCUCUAUUGCACAUAUCUGGAGCCACAAUUUGCUGGUUAGCAUUAUUUCUUGGAAUAUUUGGUCAUUUGAAUAGAACAAAAAGCACUCUAUUCUCAUCCAUAUGCUAUAUAAUGGGAAGUAUUAUUCUCUCUACAGCUGUACUUAUGGUUGUCUGCGUUGUUGAUGAUGAAUUGGCUCCACGUAUGAAACCAAACGCCGCAGGAGAGCCUAGCCAAUUUAGCUAUAAAUAUGGAUAUCCAUUCUUUUCGGCAGCAUUAUCGUUUCUACCUGUAGAGAUAUGUGCCUGCUUGCAAGCAUUUCUAUUCUUCAGAAGAUAUCCUUCGGUAGUCGAAAAACUUCGAUUCGUUCCGGGACUAGAAGCCAAACUACGUAAUGCACAAUUGGACAAAGAACUAGGAAUCCCACCACUCGAACCUGUGCGUCGUGGAUCAUUAGCAUCAUAUUUGCCAAUACCAUCUGUAGCAUAUGUGGAAAGAAGAAAUUCUCGUAAAGGCAGUCAAGCAUCUUAUACGAGUAACAGAGUAUUAUAUGUACAAGAAUCAUAUGCACCUAAACUAUAUAAUGAUUAA